AUGCAAACCCCUACAGGAGACCAUAAUUACCAUCUCAUCUACUGGCCCGGAACGCCUGGACGAGGAGAAUUUGUACGGCUUGCUCUGGAAGAAGCCGGUGCACCCUACAGAGAUACUGCACAUGAAGAAGGUGGCCUACAGGUUGUACGGUCACACGUUGACAAAACCCUCAUCGGCGACUGGUCUGGCCCCCCGCCGUAUGCGCCGCCGAUCCUGAAGCAUGGGGAUCUCGUUAUCAGCCAGACAGCAAACAUCCUUCUUUAUCUGGGUCCGCGUUUGGGUCUGGUGCCCACCGGUGAUGCUGUCUACCAUGUGAAUGCGCUGACAUUGACGGCGCUCGAUGGAUUGAGUGAUGAGGUCCACGAGUGUCAUCACCCAAUUGCAAUGGAGCUUUACUAUGAAGAUCAACUGGAGGAGAGUAAGAGGAGAUCCAAAUGUUACCUGCAGAAUCGUCUGCCUAAAUUUCUCUCCUACUUUGAGAGGGUGCUCAAGUCCCAGAAGGCUCUGGAUCAACCGUGGUUGUACGGGACGACAUUCACGUAUGCUGACCUAGUUCUAUUCCAGUGUAUUGAUGGUGUCAAAUUUGCUUUCCCUAAGGCUGUGGGAAAGUUGGAACAGUCGGCCCAGUAUGUGAACGUGUUUACACACUGCGAAGCCGUCAAAAAUCGGCCCCGCAUUAAGCAAUAUUUAUCCAGUGAUAGAAGACAGAAGUACUCGAUGGAUAUCUGGAGACAUUAUCCUGAGCUGGAUAAUGCAGAAUAA